GUUAACUGAAGUGGCAAGUAACUAGUAAGAGGAAGUUGCUGCCUAGGAUUGUGAUUGUAAAAUUUGUGCAAACGUGUUAUCGAAAGAAGAACCUCACGGAUUGAGUUUAAUCCAUUACGCUUUUGUAGGGUACAUUUAGGAAGAAAUGGCUGACGUCCGACCAAACCACACAAUCUAUAUUAAUAAUCUUAAUGAAAAAAUUAAAAAGGAUGAGUUGAAGAAAUCUCUGUAUGCUAUUUUCUCUCAGUUUGGGCAAAUUCUGGAUAUUUUGGUUUCACGAAGUUUGAAGAUGAAAGGUCAAGCUUUUGUUAUUUUCAAAGAAAUAAACAGCGCUACAAAUGCCUUAAGAUCUAUGCAAGGAUUUCCUUUUUACGACAAGCCCAUGCGUAUUCAGUAUGCCAAGACAGACUCUGACAUUAUUGCUAAAAUGAAAGGCACCUAUGUCGAACGAGACAGGAGGGACAUUAGAAGAGUCAAAAUUCCUGAGCCUCCUGUGAAAAAGACGGUUCCUGGGCCUACUGGGCCAGCAGCACCAUCAGCACCUGUUGGGCCUUCUGUUCCAGCAUCUGUUCCUGGAAUGCAGAUGAAUCAAGGCCCUCGUAUGAUGUCCAUGCCAGGGCAGCCUCCAUACAUGCCCCCACCUGGCAUGAUGCCACCUCCAGCAAUGGGUCCUGGACACAUCCCUCCUGUUGCAGUCUCUCACGGCCAAAUGAUGCAUGGUCCUAUGGGGCCAAUACCACCAGCACAUUUGGCUGAGAAUCCACCCAACCAUAUUCUGUUUUUGACCAACCUUCCAGAGGAAACAAAUGAAAUGAUGUUGUCCAUGCUGUUUAAUCAAUUCCCAGGCUUCAAGGAAGUGCGUUUGGUUCCAGGACGUCAUGAUAUUGCAUUUGUAGAGUUUGAUAAUGAAGUUCAGGCUGGAGCAGCUAGAGAUGCAUUGCAAGGAUUUAAGAUUACGCAGAGUAAUGCUAUGAAGAUAUCUUUUGCCAAGAAAUAGGAGAAUGUUGUAAUCAAAGCUGCUUUUUGGCUUAAUUUUUUAAAGCCUUUAUUAAAUUAAACCUUUUUUUUUGUUAAAAUAUUUUGUGAGGUAAGUGUGGAACUGCAUCAGAUUCCUACACAGGGCAUGCUUAUUCCAUGUUCGUUUGAACCAUUGCUUCACCUUUUUUUUUUAACCAUUCAGUUUUGGUAAGUUUUAAUGUGUUUUGAAUGAAAGUUGCUUUAUGGCAUUCCUGUUUUGCCCUGCAAUUGUAAAAUGUGUUCUGCAGCAGUUUUACCUACUGGCUUCUUGCUUUGCUUAUGUGAGUGUGUAAUGUAUGGUUGAAGGCAGCUGAAAUGUAAAAUAUGCACCCAGUGUCUGUCUGCCGGACAUAGCACCUGGAGAUUUCAAAAUCAUUUUUUUACAACUCUACAAUAAAAUAAUUUUAUGCAAACUG